CCGCCCCCAGAGGCUUGGCAAGAGCUCUCUUUACGUUAGCUCCGUCCUCAGCCCAGAGAGCGGGGAGCGGUGUCACAGAAACACCAUCCCGACGCGCUUGCUUCCUUCCUUCCUCCCUCCCUCCCUUCCGAUCGCGCUGGUAAACCAUGGCGUCUGGACUGGUACGGCUGCUUGCCCGGGGGCCUCGCAGCCUCCUGCGGGCCUCAGUUGCGUCACAGCCCAUCCAGCCGAGCCGGGGUGGCAAGGGCGGGUUCCGCGCCGCGCUCCGCUUCCAGAAGGAAUUGGAGCGGAGGCGGCAGCUCAGGUGCCCCCCACCUCCCAUACGCCGGUCGGAGAAGCCAAACUGGGACUAUCAUGCAGAAGUCCAGGCAUUUUGUCACCGACUACAUGAAAACUUUUCUUUAGAGCUUCUCAAAACUGCUUUCAUUAACAGAUGUUAUAUUGAAAGUGAGGAAACCAGACGACAGAAACUGGGAGUAGACAAAGAAGCAGUGGCUCUCAAUCUUAGAGAUAACCAAGAACUCUCAGAACAAGGGAGAGCCUUUUCACAGACUUGUCUCACUCAGUUCCUUGGAGAUGCGUACCCAAGCCUGCCUUCAGAAGGAAUAAAAGCAAUUGUGGAUUUUCUUACCAGUGAGGACAUUGUGUGUCAUGUAGCCAGAAACUUGGCUGUGGAGCAGUUAACACUAAGUGCAGAAUUUCCAGUUCCUCAGAUGGUACUUCAACAGACUUUCUUUGCAGUAAUAGGAGCUUUGUUACAAAGCAGUGGGCCACAGAAGACAUCAAUUUUCAUCAGGGACUUCCUAAUUACACAGAUGACUGGAAAAGAACUUUUUGAGAUGUGGAAGGUUGUAAAUCCCAUGGGACUGCUAGUAGAUGAGUUGACAAAAAGAAAUAUUUCUGCUCCUGAACCCAGAAUUACUAGGCAGUCUGGAAGCAGCACAGUGCUGCCACUCUAUUUUGUUGGUUUAUACUGUGAAAAGAAACUAAUUGCAGAAGGACCUGGUGAAACAGUUCUGGUUGCAGAAGAAGAAGCUGCCCGGGUGGCUCUCAGGAAACUUUAUGGACUGACUGAGAAUAGGCAACCUUGGGACUAUUCCACACCCAAAGAAAAAUUAGCAGAAAAAAUUACUGCCUCAAGUUAAUUGGCACCCCAGUUUAAAAAGAAUCCAUUUUAUUUAACUUCAAGGGGGUGACAGUUGGAACCUCUGAGCAGGGUAGCCAUCUUGGGGACAACUUUGGGGUACAAGUUGAAGUUUAUAGAUCCUGACAACAUGUGGCAGAUUCUGUUUUGGGCAACAGUGAUUAUGGCUUUAGGAUUAUAUUGGUUAUAUUGUCUAAUAUAUAAUACAGUUACUACAGUGGUUAUGGACACAAUUGAAAUGAUAAAUACAACAUCUUUUAUAAAGAUCACUUCAUUUAAUAGUUCAUUUCUUUGGCAAUCAGUGACCCAAGCAUAUGUACUUCUGAUGGUAGCUAUCCAGACCCUGACAUAUAUCAAGACUGUUUUGAGAAUGAUUGUACCUAAGAAAACUGCUCAAGUUUUAAUGAUUGAUAAUAAACUGGAAGAUUUAUUUAAACAAA